GUGACUUGAAAGCAGCGCCCAAGCCUUUGAUGAGGAUACUUCGGAAGGUGCACCUUGACCACCAGUGAUCGCCACUUCCUGAUGGUCCCUGACCUUUGCUGAUCCAUCGUGUCUCUCUUGCUUCUCCCGUUACUAUUUCUCUAUCCGCCUGACAUCGCGCGACAUGGACAACAACGACAUGCGUCGGUAUAGAUAUAUAAGCACCAUCGUAGUUAACCGCAUCACCAUCAUUCUGAGAACGCCAUCUUAACAGUCCUAAUAUCUUUUUAUAUCCUGAUCCUAGUCCUUCUUCCCAUAGCAGGGCUAGAGAGGCCCGGAGACCGUGCUGUUUUCUCUAUGACGAAAUCAACGAGCAAGCGAUGCAUAAUCCGUCCCAGACAGCCCAGCUAAAUCCACGCAAAGAAUUUGGCAAUAUGAACGCUGAAAAUUCCCCAACAUCCGAUCUAGAAUCACAGCGGAAUUCACCGAAGACACCAAUCGAUCCCUCUGAUCUCUCGCCCCCGCCUCCCAAUGGAGGACUCGUGGCAUGGCUUCAAGUUGCCGCUGCCUUCGCUGUCCAAUUCAAUACAUGGGGCUUCGUCAGCUCGUUCGGGACCUUCCAGACUUAUUACGAGUCAGGGGAGCUGUUCAAGGCAUCCUCAGCCCGCAUAUCUUGGAUCGGGUGCACUCAAAACCUCCUGAUACUGUUACUCGGCCUCAUAGCAGGACCCGUUUACGACAGGGGCUACCUUCGGCAGCUGCUCUGUGUAGGCAGCUUCAUAGCGGUGUCUAGUUUCAUAGCCCUUUCCUUUAGCAAGAGGUACUACCAGGUGUUCCUCUCACAGGGCGUGGGCCUCGGCCUCGGCUCAGGAUUGCUGUUCGCGCCUACUAUGUCGCUCGUUUCAACAUAUUUCAGCACCCGCGCAGGCCUCGCUCUCGGAAUCGCGUCUUCGGGCUCUCCGAUAGGCGGCAUCGUCUAUCCUAUUAUGCUUUCCGGAUUGAUCCCUCGAAUCGGGUUCCCCUGGGCUGUGCGAGCUAUGGGUUUCAUUGCCCUCGGCAUAUUCUUGCUCCCAUUAGCCGUGAUGCGUAUCCGUGUACGUGCUCCUAAACCUCGCGCCGUGGUGGACUGGUCCGCGUUUCGUGACACCCCUUACAUGUUCUUCCUCUUCGGCGUAUUUCUUAGCUUGAUAACUCUCCCUAUCGUCUCUUUUUAUAUCUCUUUUUAUCCCUUGAAUCGUGGGUUUACCAAUAGAAACCUCGCGUUCCAUAUGGUAGCCAUUCAUAAUGUCGGGUCGUUUUGCGGGCGAAUCCUCCCAAACGCCUUAUCCGACCACAUAGGGGUAUUCAAUACUCUGGCACCAUCAGCUCUACUACUAGGGGUGGCCAUGAUCUCUUUCAUCCGUAUGUUCAACGCCGCCGGUAUAAUCACGGGCUCACUUGUCACUGGAUUUUUCGGAGGCGUUGUUGUUGCGCUGCCACCCGUCUGCUUUGGCGUACUUACCGAGAACAAGUCUCUGAUUGGUACCCGUAUAGGAAUGGGAUUUGCGAUGGCCGGACUCGGGCUGAUGGCCAGCGGGCCGGCCGCUGGCGCGAUACUCCGCGCUCCAAGAAAUCGAUUAGACUGGACCGGUGUUUGGGUGUACGGAGGUUCGGUAGCAUGCGCAUCUGGGCUAGUUUUCGCCAUUGUGCGCAUUAUGAAGUCUGGACUGAAGUUGCGUGCCAAGGUUUAAUAUCGCUACACGAGAUGGCCCAAGGAACUUUUAUACACUACGAAACCUGAUGCGCUAUGCGGACGCACAAAUGCAGUUCAGAUGAGGCCACCAUCUAAUACCCAUCUUCCCACAUUGACAUGACUUAGUGAAGUAUAAAAUUAGUAACUAAGAUUGCUAGAAACCAUACCUUUCAUCUCAAUAUUUUGCUCAGGUUGUGCCCUUCAGAUCGACCCAUAUUCACAUAGAAUUUCAAUAUUUCUAGGUGUUAUUUGUGUUUCACCGUUGUACCAUCCCC